ACAGAGAAACCCUAGCUAAGUAGCCGCAGAACCCGUUUACCGUUCUUCCUGUGAUUAUAAAUAUGGGCAAAUAGUCUCUUCUCUCUUUCUAUCUCCGCCUCGCAGCUAUAGCCGCCUACGCUGGUCUUCUGAAUCUCUUCUCGCAUCUCUUGAUAAGCUAGUUGUGUACCCCAACUAUGGGUAAGGAGAAGGUACACAUCAACAUUGUGGUCAUUGGCCAUGUCGAUUCUGGCAAGUCCACCACUACCGGGCAUCUCAUUUACAAGCUUGGUGGCAUUGACAAGCGUGUUAUUGAGAGGUUUGAGAAGGAGGCUGCUGAAAUGAACAAGAGGUCAUUCAAAUAUGCUUGGGUUCUUGACAAGCUCAAGGCAGAGCGUGAAAGAGGAAUUACCAUUGAUAUUGCUCUCUGGAAGUUCGAGACAACCAAGUACUAUUGCACUGUUAUUGAUGCUCCUGGCCAUCGUGACUUCAUCAAGAACAUGAUCACCGGAACUUCUCAGGCUGACUGUGCUGUCCUUAUUAUCGACUCUACCACCGGUGGUUUCGAAGCUGGUAUCUCCAAGGAUGGUCAGACUCGUGAGCAUGCUUUACUUGCAUUCACACUUGGGGUGAAGCAGAUGAUUUGCUGCUGCAACAAGAUGGACGCCACCACCCCCAAGUACUCUAAGGCUAGGUAUGAUGAAAUAGUCAAGGAAGUUUCCUCCUAUCUGAAGAAGGUUGGCUACAACCCUGAUAAGAUUCCUUUUGUUCCGAUCUCUGGUUUUGAGGGUGACAACAUGAUUGAGAGAUCCACAAACCUCGACUGGUACAAGGGUCCAACUCUCCUAGACGCUCUUGACCUGAUCCAAGAGCCAAAGAGGCCAACAGACAAGCCUCUCCGCCUCCCCCUUCAGGAUGUCUACAAGAUUGGUGGUAUUGGCACUGUCCCCGUCGGCCGUGUUGAGACUGGUGUCUUGAAGCCUGGUAUGGUCGUCACCUUUGGACCUACCGGUUUGACCACAGAAGUAAAGUCCGUUGAGAUGCACCAUGAGGCUCUCCAGGAAGCCCUCCCUGGUGACAAUGUGGGGUUCAAUGUGAAGAAUGUUGCGGUGAAAGAUCUCAAACGUGGUUUCGUUGCCUCAAACUCCAAGGAUGAUCCUGCCAGAGAAGCUGCCAACUUCACUUCCCAGGUCAUCAUAAUGAACCACCCCGGUCAGAUCGGCAAUGGCUACGCUCCAGUGCUCGACUGCCACACUUCCCACAUUGCGGUAAAAUUUGCCGAAAUCCUGACCAAGAUUGACAGACGAUCAGGCAAGGAGCUUGAGAAGGAGCCCAAGUUCCUCAAGAAUGGCGAUGCAGGUUUCGUGAAGAUGGUUCCCACAAAGCCCAUGGUGGUCGAGACCUUCUCCGAGUAUCCUCCGCUCGGUCGCUUUGCCGUGAGGGAUAUGAGGCAAACCGUGGCUGUUGGCGUCAUCAAGAGCGUGGAGAAGAAGGAUCCCAGCGGCGCCAAGGUUACAAAGUCUGCUGCCAAAAAGAAGUAGAAAAAAUUUAUUUCUGGUGAUUGUGCAAUAUUGAGAGUCUGCAAUGCUCGAAUAUAGAGAGUUUUAUAUUUUGUGAGUUCCAUGCUUCCGCUUUGUCUGUGUCUGUUAAGUGUCUAAUCCGGCAUCGUUAUCUGGCGCCUAUUUGCAGCGAAAUUAUUUAUUACCUGAGGGGCGCUGUUCGGAGGUCAAUUAGAAUGCGUCAUGUCACCAAUACAUUGUGUACAAUUAUUUCGUACUGCUAUGUAUCGGGUCAUGUGACGUAUCUUGAUUGGCCUCCAAACAAUCCGGUGACCGCACGUAAUAAUCUCUUCCCAUGAGCAGAUAGAUGCUUUUUGGGCGAUGGCGGUGGGAUUUUGGUUCUUAUAUUUUAUAUUUGUUGAAGUUAUGUUACCUGAACAAGUUCUUCUUUAAUUUAUUACAGCAUUUCUAUAUUUUGAUGUUAAA